AUGGCAUCACCCGCCUGCAAAAUGCCUACAUAUGAACCAAGCACAGACCCAAACCCAAACCCAAACCCAAUUCAAGACACAAUUCCAAGCCCGGACUCGAAUCCAAGCCCCAACCAGAAUCCAAACCCCAACCCAAAUCCAGACCUGAAGCCGAAGCCAGACCAGAAACCGAAGCCAGACCAGACGCCUAAUCCAGAAUCGAGCACAAACCUCGCGUCUGGUAAAGACAUGGGUGGCACAAUAUACUCGUAUAACCAAGAGCAGUGCAUAAAUGAUUUUUGGACGAGCGGAGCGUGCGAGCUGAAGGCCAACUACCCGGAUAGCAACCCCAACAAAUUAUCUUUGGUUGCGCUGCCCUCGGGCGAAUUCGACAAGGCGGGGAAAAACAAGGUCUGCGGCAAGGUUAUUACCAUGACGUACAACGGUAUUACCCAGAAGGCACUGGUUGCGGACAGGAACGUGAACGCCAAACCGUCAAUCGACAUGUGCACCGACGUGUGGGGGAAGUUUGGUGUGGAAGUAGCAGUCGGCAGGCUUGAGGGGGGUAUCGACUGGUCAAUUGCUGAUGCCUAA